AUGGAUCUAUUCACGCUUCCAGCCACCCAAACGUCCAUUGAAAGCAGCAGCUUUCUGCAUUAUAAGCCUGUGUCGUCUCUUAGCGACGAUGUCGAUGCACCAUUGGAAUUUGUCGUGCCGGCAGGUAGCGAGCAUUACAUUGAUCUGGCUCACACUAUGUUUCAUGUUCAAGCUAAAAUCGUACCCGCUGACGAGGCUACCGCAACGAACGAAGACCUUAAAGUCGGACCGAUCAACAAUUUUAUGCAUUCAAUGUUCAAUCAGACUGACGUUUUUUUCAAUCAGAAAAUUGUUUUGCCGCCUAAUAACGCCUAUCCUUACAGAGCGUACAUCGAGACGCUUCUCAACUACGCUCCGGCUCCUAAAGACUCACAUCUUACAGCGAGUCUGUGGUACGACGACACGAGCGGAGGUUUCGAUUCGCCAGCUAAUGUAGUGAGCACUGUCACAGCACCUAUGAUCGUGAACAAAGAGCUGGAAUAUCGCAAAUAUUUUACACAGAAUCGACGAUACUUUGACAUGAUUGGACAUCUACAUCACAACCUCUUUAAUCAGGAUAAAAUGCUGAUUAAUGGCGUAGAAAUGCGCGUACGUCUAGUGAGGAGUAAGGAUGAUUUUUGUCUGAUGGACGCGACAGCCGAUGAAAAAUUCAAACUCAGCAUCAAAGAAGCUACACUCAUAGUUCGCAGAGUAAAAAUCAGUCCUAAAGUUUGGAAAACCACGGCUAAAUAA